AUGAAGGUCAUAGUAACUGGUGCUGCUGGAUUCCUCGGUUCUAGGAUAGCAGAUGCUUUGCUAAGUGAAUCUUCGCCUAUAAAAGUAACUGACCUAAUCCUUACUGAUGUGCAAGCUCCUCAAAAACGUCAAGAUGCUCGAGUAGUUACACUUGCACUUGACCUUACAAGUUCAUCAGCUGCAAGUCAUCUUAUUGGAUCUGGCUGCGAUGUCUUUUUCCAUCUUGCUGCUGUUGUUAGCGGCUUAUCAGAAGCGGACUUUGAUUUUGGAAUGAAAGCUAAUCUGGAUGCGACUCGAUCUCUUUUAGAAGUCUUACGUAAGAAAUCGCCUACAGCAAUAUUCAUAUUCACCAGCUCUGUUGGAGUUUUUGGUGGAAAUCUACCACCUGUAAUAGAUGACUUGACUGCAGUAAUGCCACCGACGUCAUACGGUACUGCUAAGGCGAUGUGUGAACUACUAGUGAAUGAUUACGGUCGCCGUGGAUUCGUAGAUGGUCGUAGCGUUAGACUACCAACAGUGAGUGUACGACCUGGCGCACCAAACACUGCUGUGACGUCAUUUGCCAGUGGAAUAAUUCGAGAGCCAUUAAACGGAAUAGCGUCAAUAUGUCCUGUGCCUCCCGAACAAGAAAUGUGGUUAUCAAGUCCAAAUACUGUAGUACGCAACAUUAUUCAUGCGGCAACUUUACCUAAUACAGUCUUUGGACCAUGGCGUACUGUAAACCUUCCCGGAAUCACAGUUUCAGUCGGUGCUAUGGUGGAAGCGUUAAAAACAGUAGCAGGAGACAAAGUGGCUUCUUUAGUUAGCUAUAAACGAGAUGAAAGACUGGCCCGUAUUAAUGCUAUUGUUCCCAGUAAGUUUGACAACACUCAUGCUCUGAAACUUGGGUUUUUCGUAGAUUCUAACUAUGAAGAUGUUAUAAGAAUGUACAUUCGCGACGAUCUGAAGAAAUCUAAAUAA